AUGUCUGAUUUAGGUUUUGAUCCAAGUUUGAAGAAGAAGAAAAAGUCCAAGAAGGUUGCUUCUGUGGUGGACGACACAGAUUCCAAGGAAUCAACACCACAACCAGGUGAUGCAUCGGUUGAUGAUUUGUUUUCUGGGUUAAAGAAAAAGAAGAAGUCGUCGUCUAAGAAGUCAGCAGAAGAAUCAGGGUCGCCGUCAGUAGAUGAAGACUUAUCAUCGUCAUUGGGCGAUUUAACUUUAAAGAAGAAAAAGAAAAAGAGUACUAAAAGCUUGGAUCUCAAUGAGUUCGAGCAACAAUUAGAAGAAGCAGGUGUGGAAGACAUUACAGAAUCUACCAAUGGUGCCACAAAUGAUCAAUCAGCAAUUGGAUUAUCUUAUCCUGACUUGUUGUCACGUUUCUUUGAUAUUUUGAAGAAGAACAACCCUGAAUUGGCUGGUGACAGAUCUGGUCCAAAAUUCCGUAUUCCUCCACCAAUAGUCCAAAGAGAAGGUUCCAAAAAGACAUUGUUUGCCAACGUUCAAGAAAUUGCUACCGUUUUACAGAGAAGUCCAGAACAUUUAAUCCAAUAUUUGUUUGCAGAAUUGGGUACUACUGGUUCCAUUGAUGGUGAAAAGAGAUUGAUAUUAAAGGGUAAAUUCCAACCAAAACAAAUGGAAUCUGUUUUGAGAAGAUACAUUAUUGAAUAUGUCACUUGUAAGACAUGUAAGAGUAUGAAUACCGAGUUGAAGAGAGAAAGUGCCAACCGUUUACAUUUCUUGAGUUGUAAGGCAUGUGGUUCUACGAGAUCCGUGUCUUCGAUCAAGACUGGGUUCCAAGCCCAAAUCGGGAAGAGAAAGAAGUUCUAA